GCCUACUUCUCCUUCUUCACUAAUCAAACUUCAUUUCCUCUGUGUCAUCUCAAAAUCACUGCUUUACUUUGAUAAUCACCCAGAAAUGGCGACAUUUCGGUUACAGUCAUACAGCUCUCCGUCACUUUCCGUCCGAUCACCGCCGUCAGCUCUGCUACUUCAUAUUCCCACACGCUGUAAUCUUACCUGUAACUCUUCCUUUACAAGGUUGAAAAUGUCAAUUUCGUCAACCUCACGAACUGCCGCUGUCUCAGAAAAUCGCACCGUUCUAGGUUGUGGAAUGGCGGCGGUGGAUUUCCUUGUUGCUGUUGAUUCUUAUCCUAACCCUGAUGACAAGAUUCGAAGCACCAGUUUUCAGGUUCAAGGAGGUGGCAAUGCAGGAAAUGCUUUGACUUGUGCAGCUCGUUUAGGCCUAGCUCCGAGGAUUAUAUCGAAGGUUGCAGAUGAUUCUCAAGGGAAAGCAAUACAGGAAGAGCUGGAAGCUGAUGGGGUGGAUACAUCGUUUAUGGUGGUUUCCGAAGGGGGCCAUUCAACAUUUUCUUAUGUCAUUGUUGAUAGUCAAGCGAAAACUCGCACUUGCAUUUACACUCCGGGAUACCCACCUAUGAUACCUGAGGAUUUAUCCAAGUCAAAUUUGUCAUCAGCUCUGGAUGAUGUGAGAUUUGUAUAUUUUGAUGGAGUAUUGCAAGAAACUGAAUUGUUAUCAGCUUUAGUUGUAGCCCGAGAGGCACAUAGAAGGAAUAUACCUAUUGUAAUUGAUGCAGAAAGUAAAAGAGAAAGGGUAGAUGACCUUCUAAACCUGGCAACGUAUGUCGUAUGCUCAGCGAGAUUUCCACAGGUAUGGACAGAGGCCCCUUCAGUCCCAGCUGCUCUAGUUUCUGUACUUCUAAAGUUGCCAAACAUCAAAUUUGUAAUUGUGACAUUGGGUGAAGAUGGCUGCAUGAUGUUAGAAAGGGCUGAAGCUGAGGAUCUCCAGUCUGAAGAAAUUGAUAUUGAUGACUUGUUCAAGAAAAUGAAGCAGAGUAUUGAUACUGACUCAACCAGUACAACAUGCAUAUCCUCGGAUAUUGCAAAAUUGCAUGCAAAAGGCAUUGGGACAGUGAGUGGGAAGCUGCUUCUUGGAACAGCUGAAAAGAUACCGCCAUCAGAAUUAGUCGAUACAACUGGUGCAGGUGAUGCAUUUAUUGGAGCAGUUCUGUAUGCUCUCUGUGCCAAUAUGCCACCAGAAAGAAUGUUGACAUUUGCUUCUCAAGUGGCGGGUAUUGGGUGUAGAGCAUUGGGAGCAAGAGCUGGUCUUCCCCAUCUAACAGACCCUCGCUUGAGACCCUUUUUAAUGAACGAGGCUACAUUACUUUAGAAGAAAACACAAGUCACAGUUAUUGUCAACUUGAGCUUUUUCUUUUAGUUUUUUCUCUCUCUUGGACAUAUUUUCUGCUACAUUUGUAACAUUUUAUGUGAAAGAUUUGGCCAUUGAGCACAAGAACUUCAAUGUAGAAUGCAAUGUUAGUGUAAAGAUCAGUUAAGAUA